AACUUUAAUAUUAUAUGAAUAAAAAUAUUCAUAGAUGUAUAUUUAUUUAAAAAAUAUACAUGUUUAAUUAUUAUUUUAAAUAGUUAUUUUUUUAUAAUUAUUUAUAAUUAAAUAGUUAUAAUGUAAGAAAUAUAAAAGCCGUGAUAAAGAACAAAUAAAAAAAAUUUUUGAAAAUAAAGCUAAAAUUGCUAGAAUAAGGAAUAAAAUGGUUGAUAAUGAAGUAUAAAAUAAUAAAAUGGUAUCCAAUCUUGAACGUAUGUAAUUUGAGUUUCACCACCACUAUCUUGCAAAAAAGGCACACGCUUUCCUCGCGCAGUAUGGCUCGCUUGAUUCCAGUCGUGAUCUGUUCGACCACGUUAGUUCGAAGAGAUUUUGUUUCAUUUAUAAACGAAAUCGUGCGCAAAUAAUCCAAAAUACAUCAUGGAUGAUGAAUGGGAUGUCGAAAAUGCUGAAGCGAAAUUCGACCUCGCUAUUAGAUCCAACAAGUGGGAGGGUGAAGACGAAGACGAAGAUGUCAAGGAUAGUUGGGAAGAUGUCGAAGAAGAAAAGAAAGAUGUAGAAAAACCUGCAGAAGUGCCUAAAGCUAAGCCAAAGCCAAAGAAAGCUUUGGCAGAAAGAAUUGAAGAACGUGAGAAAAAGGCAAGAGCAGAGGCAGAAAGAAAAGCUAAAGAAAAAGAGGAAGCAUUAACACCUGAGGAAAGGAGAGCAGAACAAUUAAGACGUCAAAGGCUCCAAGAAGAAGCUGAUCUACGUCUUGCCAUGGAAACUUUCGGUGUGACUGAAGAAUCUGUAUUGAGCUUGGAUACCACAGUACCUAACACAAAAGAAGAAUUUGAGCAGUAUGGAAGUGUACUUACACAAAAGCUGAACCAACUUGCUAAACACUCUGAGUUUCCUUUAUUUGGAGAAGAACUUAUUAAAUCUGUUGCUCUUAAUUUACCCUCAUCACAUUUGAAGAAAGUUAAAACAUUGGUUGAUAAUUUGUUGAUUGAAAAGCAAAGAAUCGAAAAAGCAGAAAAGGCGAAAAAGAACAAGGGCAAGGGAAAGGCAAAAUUGAAAAUUGAAGGUGACAACACUCUUUUGAGCGAAUACGGCGACUAUGUUUACGAUGAUUACGACGAUUUCAUGUAGCGACCUUUUCAUCCUAUAUUCUUAUUAUUCCCUAAUUCCUUUUCUAGUCGCCUAAAUACACGCAGAUGGUUAUUAACA